AUGGAUCUCGUUGUUAGACGUAAGAUCCCUGCGUGUGUUCGUUCAUUACUCACUGAUAGUGCAGCAAAGGAGGAAGAAUACUUAAGCGACUGGCCUGAAAUAGAUUCUGAAUCAGUUACCACCAAAGAUGGGAUUGCACUUCCCAAAAGAGGGAAUAAUGAACCUCUCCUGACACCUGCUAAUGGAACAGAGGGUGGAACUACUGCAUCAUCAAUCAAACCAUGCAGGCUUUGCUUAUCCAACCCCUCCUGUUACACUUGUCCAAUGUGUAACAUCCCAUAUUGCGGCCUGGCUUGUUACAGGAGCCAGAAUCACUCUUCAUGCUCAGAGGAGUUUUACAAAGAGUCUGUGCUGCAGGAGCUGAAAUCCCAAGGUGUCUCAGAUGAGGAGGGGAAAAGCAAGAUGCAGGAAAUUCUGCUCCGGCUCAGACAGAGUGCAGAAAGCGAGGGAGGGAUGGAGAAUUUAUUAAGGAACUUGGGAGAUGAUGAAACUGGAGUGACCGAAAAAGACACUCAUGCUUUGGAGCUGCUUUCUCAGUUAGCAGAGAUUCAAUCUAGUGGGGGUGAAAAAAGUCACGAGGUACAAGAAAUACUAGCAGAACUCAGACGUAUUGAAGUAGGGAGUGAUGAAGAGGAAGCUGACUUAGCUGAAAAGUUUGCAGGCCUGGAUAUCGACUCUCUUUCAGAAGAAGAACUCUGGUCGUUGUUGUCAGCCCAAGAAAAGGACAAAUUUGAGAGACUGGUGAAAGAAGGUAGCAUUGGUGGACUGGUUGUCCUGUGGAGCCCCUGGUGGGAACGGCAUCAGAAAGAUACUAAAGCACUAAUCGAGGAACUUAAGUCUGAUAAUGAUGAAGAAAUGCAUAAUAUGAAUGUUGAAAAAGACAAAAAAGUCAGUAGCAAUAAAGUAAAAUCGGACAAAUCACUGAGAGGCUCAAUCCCUCCAAUAAGUGCCAGAAUUGCUCCUCUUCACACACUAUCUUCAAACCCUUCUCCUCUAGUGCAGUACAACCUGAUCAACGCUCUUUAUGGAUACACCUUCUCGCUGUGUCUCUAUAAUGGAGAAAUCUCAGAGAUGAUGCGUGAGUUCUGUCAGGCAGUGCUCUCCAUCUCAGAUGGUUUGGGUGCCAGACGGGUCUACAACUCUGUCUCUGAGGCUUUUGAUGCCGGAAUAAGAGCUGUAUCUGCAGGAGGAUACUUUGAUCGUGAGGACCCUUUAGCUCCACUUCGAGCUGUGGAAGCGGUGGCUCAUAUUCUGACUGGAGAGAGCAGAGAGGAUGCUGUUGGAUAUUCAUUGUCAGCUUUGUCCCAGCUGCGCACAGCUUUGAGCAAAGCAAAGGCUUCUGUUCCAAAGGAAGGCGAGCAGAUGAGGCGGGCGUAUUUCCAAGCUGGAAAGAAGUGUGAGUUUUUUCAGUCUUGGGUGAAAUAG